CCUUCCUUUUCUUGUUAAAGAACUGAUUUUAGGACCUAGAACCCUCCCUUUGAAGUAGGAAUUUCCAGAUCUGCUCUGCUCUUCCUCCCCUGUCCACCAGUGCUGGUAGGUACGAAUUUCUGGGCAUUUCUCUGCCCUCCACACUGCCAGCUCCGGUUUCAGCUUGCCAGAUUUUUCUGGUGUUGUUGUGGCUUAGAGCUCUGGGGUCGAGUUUCCUGUUUUAUGCGAAGUGAGGUAAGUAACUUAUGGAUUAAACCCGUUUUACACGAGCAUGAUUGAUUUGAAGUGAAAAUUUUAUGCUUUUUAUUAAAUUGUGUAUGCCUACUUGGAAUUUAAUUAACUAGAUCUGAAAGUGAUUGUGAAUUGUGAUUUUCCUGUUAACUUCUGUCUGUUUUGUCUCCGAUAUGGUAAUGUUAUUAGUGUGCCUGCUAGUGGGAGGUUUAUAAAUGCUAGCACAUGUCGACAUGCCAUUGAUAGAACCGGUUCGUUCGAGUGACCCUGCUAGUGGGGGUUAUACACCAGCAAAUAGUGUGCCUGCCAGUGGGAGGUUUAUAACACUGGCAAUUACCUAUAGAGGAGACGUCUAUUUCAUUUCCGUACCGUAUCCGUUUUUUGUGAUUACACUUGUUGGCAUGCUAUGAGUUUAAUUAUGAGCUAUCCAUAUGUUAUUUACUGAGUUAUCUCACUUUGUUUUUCCUUGCCCACCAUUUCAGGUAGUGUGACCCGAGACACGGAAAUCAAGGGGAGUUACGUGCCGUGCAGUCCUGCUCUCCUUCCCGAUGCUUGCCUCCCGAAAGUCCCCCCCAAGCCACCGACGCACCCUUGAAAAAAAAAAAUUGGCAAAAGCUUGAUGUUUGUUCCAUCUUUUCUUGCUCAAGAACCAAGUUUCAAGCUUAGAACUCUCUCUCCCAAACCCAGAAUUUUCCAGAUCUGCACUGUUUCCUCCCCUUGCUGUCCGUCGGCUUCUGCUAUGUGUGAUUGCUGGGCAUAUUUCCGAUUUUGGGUAGACCCGUGAGUUCCCUUGCAGAUUCCUGCCGGCUUCCCCUAGCUUGCAGCUCCGGUUUUUGCUGCUAAAUUCUGGUUCCUGAUCGUUCUAUCAGUUUAGCACUGAAAUUGAGUCUUCGGUUUUAUGUGAUUUGAGGCGAAACUGAGGACGGAAAACCACGGGAAGUGACGAGUUAGAAGGUUAGUCAUGUUGUAAAUUGAACAUAGAUUUUAGAAAUAAAUCAUGAUCUUGUAAGCUAGAUUUUAUUUGGAGAUUUUAUGAUAUCAGAGCAAAUUUUAAGAUUUUUAUCUUCAGAUUUUGAUGGUAUCAGAUUGUGGUAUGAUAAGUUCCGAGCCUUAUGCAUUUGUGGGACUCUCUCACGAUUGCGCGGCGUUUGUCGCGCCUCGGAUUUGGGUUCUGGGGCAUGACAUAUACCAUGCUCUUGUAAGUUAGAUUUUAAUUGAAAAUUUUAUGGUAUCAAAACUGAUUUUGUUGAGUAAGUUCCGAGCCUUGUGCACUUGUGAGACCCGUCUCACAAGUGUACGGCGUCUGUUACGCCUUCGGAUUUAAGUUAUGGGGUGUGACAUUCAAUUGUAACUAAAUAUAUUAUUAUGUUUUUAUUUUCUUGUGCCUUUUUUCCUCUUUGUCCAAAAUAUGUAUAUUGUUGUUGUAUGAAAUAAGGAUUACUAUUCUUU